AAUAACGAUAAUAAAACCAACCACCAGAAUAAUGAAGCCGGUGAACAUAAUGACCGAAUCAAUGAAAAUAAUGAAAUCAGUGAAGUUAAUAAUGAAGUUAAUGAAGCCGGUGAAAUUAAUAAUGAAGUUAAUGAAGCCG